CUUAGGUCGUCCCCGGUAUUGCGGGCUGCAAUUUCGAAGUUAUCUUUCACACACCUUGUAAGGGCAGGUCACUUGGCAAUUUGUUUUGCAUCACGCCUCUAUCAAUCGUCCCCGCACAGAGCUGUUUUCUUGGCCCAAACCUUCUCCGGUAUUUGCCGAUGACAAGCUACUGAAUCAAAGCCUGUUUCUACCAUAAGCAUAAUAUAUUUAAGACUGUCUCAGUGGCAUGGUCGUCUCAAUGCCGAGCGUGACAGUGAGCCGGUCGUCUCCGGUACCGCCUGCUUAUGGCCGUGCAUAUUCAACGCUGUCGCUGACGCGUUACCCUGUUCCGCAUACGCGAUACCUUGGCCUCUAGCUACGUGUUUACGCAAUGACACCACGCUUUUAACAAUUAAUUGGUAAUGUUGUGCCUCUCCCCUUAAUAUCACCCUAUUUUCAGAUGCUUCUCGUAGUGGGGCAUAGCUACGCUGCCCAUCUACAAUCACGAGGCGUCGACGUUUCCGGCAUUCAAGCCGUCGGAUGGCGUGGCGCGCGCAUCGGCGAUGAGCGUUUCCGCCGCUGGGCUCUUGACCAAGUCCUGCAGCGCCAGCCUAAACAGGUCGCCCUGCUCCUCGGCGGCAAUGACAUCGCAAGCAGGGCCUUCCGGCAGCGCGAGUUCCUGCAGCAAAUGGAGGAGCUCUGCACGGGUUUUUUGGCUGCAGGCGUAGAAAUGGUGCACAUUUAUCCAGUCAUGCCCCGUAUGAAGCUGCGGGACACUGAUGUCUCCCGCGCUACCUACCGACGUCGGCGCCACCUGACAAAUAACAUAUUGCGCUCCAAGUUCCGCCAUGCGCCCACUGUCUUCCAAGCAUUUAACCCCGGCCCUGCCUUCCUGGGGCGGGAUGGCGUCCACCCCUCGCACAUGGGAUGGAGAGCCCUGGUAGGGUCCCUAGCCGCCCUCGCCUAAGCACGACAGUGAGCAGUGUGUGUUCCCCUGUGUACGAUGUGUUGUGGUGCAUUAUGUUAACAUACAAAUUGAGCAUGAUUUUUGUUUUCUUUUCAUGUCUGCUACGAGCUCAUAUCAUCAACAUGCCGAAGGCGUCACCUCCGACACGCCGCAGCCGGUCUACCAAGCGCACCCCAUCCAGCGGCGCUCCCCGGCGCACGAGGAGCGCCGCCAGGGGCCGCUCAGCGCCUAGAGGCAGCUCAGUCGCGGCUACGCCCCAACGUUCUCCUGUCCCAGCGCCAGCGGACGCCGGGACCUCUAUGAUGACGGCCACGAGUGUCCAGCCACACUCGUCCGGUGCACCAGCUGCACCAGCUGCCCCUGCCGACACCGUCACGUUCAGCAGGGAGCAGCUGAGCGAGAUGAUCGGUGAGAUGGUUCAGGCUGCUGUGGCAGCCGCUGUGCCAGCGGCCGUCUCCGUCCCAUCGACGUCUCAACAUACGUCGCCGGGGGCACCGCUAGACCUCAGGCAGCCGGCGACCGCAGUGUUCCCGCCGCAAAUGGGCUCUGGAGGAAACGAACAACCAGGUGUUCAGACGCCUCAGGCCUCUCGCGGAUCAGCAGCCCACGCCUUGGGACUGGGCCGACCACGUCCCCCGUCAACCAUAGCAGCGCUCCUGUCAGCGGCGCUGGCUCCUGCAACGGCCCGGGCCUAUCACGCCAUCUGGGCGGAGCUGCGGAAUUUUCUUCGGCGGUCGGCCUCGGACAGCCUGUUUCCAGUCAGUGUCGAUGAACUGGCCUGUUUCAUCGCGUCUCGAUACGAUGCUGGAUCUGCAGCUGCCACUCUAUCUAGUGUCGUGUCUGCUAUUUCAUAUGGCCACAAAGUCCAUGGUUUAGCCGACCCCUCAACGAAUUUUCGCAUCAGACAGAUGUUGACAGGUGCUCGUCGCCUGCGGCCGAGCCGGGAUAUGCGUACUGCAAUCACCUUGCCAGAACUGGGACAGCUGUGUAACGCUCUUCGGCAGGCCGCCAUGUCUCCUUUAGAACGUUCCGCGUUCCAUGCCAUUUUCACGCUGGCGUUCUUUGCCCUUCUCCGACCCGGCGAAGUGGUCCGUUGUGGCCGACAGGAACAUUUCCUACGGAUGGGUGGAGUGCGGUUGCAGCACAGGCAUCUUUUCAUUACCAUUCCCUCGUCCAAGACCUCACAGACGCCGGUCACGUUCCAGUUGGAGGAGCGGUCAGACCUCCCGGAAUGUCCUGUGGCUGCUGUCCGCUCCUAUUUGCUGCUGCGCGGGGCCGGGCACCAGCAUGAGGCUCUCUUCGUCGGUGAUGGGCGCCGUCCAAUCACUGGAAAUCAGCUCAAUCGUGCCCUCCGGCAGACAAGCCAAAUAGCCGGUCUGUCUAGGGCCCAUCUGUCUGGCCAUUGCCUACGCAUUGGCGGGGCGUCGCAUGGCGCUAUUAUCGGCAUGACUGAGGUGCAACUCAGUCAGGCGGGACGCUGGUCCUCUCAGGCUAUGCAUCGAUAUGUCCGACGUCACGUCUCUGUUUUACGAGCUACUCCUCAGGCACCUGCAGUGCCUUAGGGUC